UCCAUUGGGCCAGCAGUGCCGGUUAAAAGUCUUGGAAAUCUGCAUUUCCUCAUGGGUCUUAGUUCGUAAAACACCCAGCAGGGUCACCGGCGCCAUCAGCGGCAAACUCCGAAGGGGGAACCAUAUUAGGGCCAGCGUGCCCCUAGGAGAGAAACGCCUUCUCUCGGGGUAGACUGCUCCUGCAUAUCGUGAUUGAAAUGACUGAUAUAUACUUGUCUUCGGCGUCUCUCGGGUCAGAGUGGCUCCACCUGGACUCGUGAAUACGAAGUGUAAUGACUCACUCGGGCGCUUGAAAUAUGAGUGGAACCCUGUCGUCGUUGGUUUUCAUUAUAUCCAUGAUAAUGAUCCUUGCCAGAUGAAACCUCAAUUUAUUCUUCCUUCUUGUGCGAGCAUUCGGCGAGUAGACAGAUUCGGCCUGCUCGACUGUGAUGACGAUGAAGUGCCAUUCUGGGACCUUCUCAGAGCCGUUCUUAGAAGCGAGCUGGCCUCUAUUCACGAUACUUCCUCUCUGCUAGAGGCUCUUGAGGUUAUCGCGGUAACUCUGAGAGGAACCACAGCUGGCGCGGACUUUUCGCUACUUCGAGAGUUCAUGUCACGGCGCUUCCCUGAGCAAUCUGCCCCCAACUUCUUCCGUGAUAUCUGGCCUGUGCUCGUGGAUUUGGCACUGGAAAUGCCGGAUCUCUUCCCAGAGGGCUUGCUGCCAUCGCUGUCAGCCACUAAACCCGCCGAGGUCGUCUUUUCACGCAAGCAGGUGGCUUGCCUCGUUGUCCAUCAAUUCCUGUGCUCGUUGCCGCCACAUCCCUGGUCUACGGAAUCCUUCGUUGAUCUCAGUCCCUGGUUUUCUGCAGCCAGCAAUGUUCACCGGGGUGCCGUGGAUGCAUAUCUCACCGCGUUGUUCACUUACUUUGAAAGAAUAGUCGGAUAUUCUCAGGACAGCAGAUCAAUUGUCGACUUUGACGUAGAGGAAUGGCCCAUUACCUUUAGCAUGCGAACAAUGACAAACGAAAAUAUGAAUCACAUACAGGAUGCCCAAGCCAGAAACAUCAUGCUUUCAUCUACGCGUGUCCAAGUCGUCAACCUCCCAGAGUCGCGGACAACACUCCGUUUGCUGGGCCAUCCCGAUGGAGCAUGCGUGAUCUCUGCGAAUAAAUGCUUCGGACACGGCCCUUCCGGUACCCAAGAGGAGUUGAAUGUGGGCUCCACACCAGAGGCAUAUCCAGUUGUACUCCUGGCACCGCCCCUCUCCGACCAUCAGGUAUUGGUCUGUCGGGGCGCCGAGGCAAUGGUGUCCAUCAUUGGAUACGGUCGUGAUGCGAGGCUUGGUGACCUUCUCCCACAGCCAGCUGCAAACCUCCAUGAUGGCCUGUGGUGGAGGAUGCGGACAAUGUUGUUUAUGGAUGCCCUCGAGCUGGACACCCUGCCAGUGGAGGAAGACUGUCCCAUCCCGGACAUUUGUCCUUCAUCUCGUCUCUCUCGGGAUAUGAUCCUGAAAGCAUACAAUGCGUUCAGUAGUGGCACCUACGGCCACGUGUCUACCGGCCUUUGGGGCUGUGGCAACUUUGGUGGGAACAGAUAUGUAAAGUGUAUAUUACAAUGGUGUGCGGCAGCCCUGGCAGGAGUGCCCGAGCUGAGAUUCGUCUUCUCUACAGCAGAACAACAUGCACUUGGGGAGGAGCUUGCCCAGUUGUCAAUGGAGUUACAGGUUAAGUGUGUGUCGGUCUAUCGCAUGUUUAAUAUCUUGGUCGAGCUGAAAGACACUUCUGGGGUUGGACCCGAUGGCAUUUUUACGUAUAUUGGCCAGAGGAUCUCAGCAUUAACCUAAGCCAACUGCUAUAUAUUCCAGGCGAGUUUCCACACUAAAUUAACAAAUCAUACCCUCACUAGCCUAAGCGCCAGAAGUUUCCCUCCGUAGUUAGUGCCAGAUCCAACUUCUGUAGACUCGCUCUUCCGAGGAUAGAGCCCUGGAGCUGUCAUCGCCAGCAGAGGGAGACGAACUGGGCCCAGUGGAGCGUCCAGCUGGCUGAUUGUGG